AUGGCGGUAAUGGUUCUACUACUUGUCGUCUCGCUGCUGGAUUCAGCUGAAGGAUCUGAACGCAAGUUUGUGAAGUACAAAACGGACCUACUUCUGGAUAUAAACCAAAAAACAGUUUCCACCAGUGCUGAUUUUCGAUGGAAAUUUAAUCAAACUGUUAAUGUGGUGAAAUUAAAUGCUGGAAGUGAGCCAAAUAUCCCAGACACAUAUAAAAAUAGAGUGAAGUUCUUUAAAAAAGACUACUCUUUGCUGUUAAAGAAUGUGCAGCACGAGGACAGUGGAGUUUAUGCAGCGAUAGAGAGUGAGAGCACUGACAUCACCUUAGUUGAAUAUAACGUCAUCGUCCAAGAUCCAGUGUCUCCAGUUAAAAUAACGAUGGACUCCAGUGAUGCGAAAAACUGUAACGCCACUGUGACCUGCAGAACAAACGAUUCUAAAAUUUGCAGAACCUUUCAAUGCGACAGCAAAACCUGCUCUCCAGUGACAAAUAGCAUCGUCUCAGCCCCAUAUUCUCUGCUCACUGUCUAUGUGGAGCAUAACAACAUCAUCUGUAACCAUAGCAACAAUGUGAGCUCGGAACAGGACAACAUUAACUUACCCUGUGGGACAACACCAGUUCCCAGUGCAGCCACUAUAGCUGGGAUAUCAGCUGGUCUCAACAUGAAUCCAAAUGCAUAUGACACUCAUGUAAGAGAUGCUUUAGAUUUUUCUCCAACAUCGACGUACGCUUUGGUGCAGCUCGCCACCCGUCCUGCUCCAAAAGAGGAGAGCGCGAACAAAGUCCAGGCAGAAACAGUUUAUGCACAGAUAACGAGGAUGCCCAAACCCAGCUCCGCAGCUCCGACUGUCGUGGAACAGGAGAGCGGAGUUAACCACGAGAGGGGCCAUAAUCCCUACAACGGCCGCUUCAAAUGUGAACAAGGGGAUAAAAUGAAAGAGUUAGAGGAGGAAGAGGAGGAGGAGGGGGUCUACAGUGCAGACAGGGGUGCAGCGAUGAAGGUUAUUCCAGAUAUUACUCCUCAAUGA